AUCUAUGUAAGUGCAGCUAUAGAAAGUAGAAGGAAAAGUACGAGGUGAGGGAAAAGGGAAAGAGCAAGGUUUUUAUCUGAUUUGGCUCGAGGGUAUAAAUUGGCAGGAACCUCAACGACGCCAUUUUAGUUGACAAACAUGUUGCUUGUGCAGAUAUCUUUGAUAGUUUGUCGAGCGAAGAACUAAUCGACUUAUGUUCCUCUACAUUGAGUAACGGGAACGGGCAGAACGAGCAAGAUCUGGCGUGGAUAGACGAAAUGGCAUCAAAGGCUUCACCGGAUUAUUAUGAAGAGCCAUCGGUGAGAAUAUCAUGUGAAAAUACUCAGAAUGUUCAUUUACAGCCUCCUGCAAACAUGGAUAAAACUGAGGUCUCGCAAGUGGACAACGUGCAACAGUAUAAGGAACAGUGCAACAAUGCUCUUUCCAUUUUUGAUAGCAAGCCGUCAAAUGCGCAAGAUCGUUUACAGCCUCCUGAAAACAUGGAUAGAACCGAGAUCUCGCAAGUGGACAACGUGCAACAGUAUAAAGAGCAGUGCAACAAUGCUCUUUGCAUUAUUGAUAGCAAGCCAUUGACUGCGCAAGCUAGUGUGACGGUUGACAGAAUUGUAAGGCCAGCGGGAAAUUACGUUUUCGAACAACCGGCGAACGUGUCACCGCCGAUGGUUCCUGAAAAUGCAGUACCCCAACAAGCAUUGCCACUGUUAGCUCCUUAUCAAGAGCCGCCCAGCCAACAAACAAACGUUAUUCUAGCCGCGCCUCUUCGAGCUCCUACUAAGCCUGAUCAAUCUGACUCUGCAGCUCCUCGUGUGAAGAGAAAAAGAACGUCCUUCAGCAUGAAACAGUUACUGGAACUCGAACGUGAGUUCGCUAUCUGCCGAUACUUGGAUCGAAGGCAGCGCAGUCGAUUGGCAACCUCGUUGGAUUUGACGCAGCGCCAAGUGAAAAUAUGGUUCCAAAAUCGUCGCAUGAAACUAAAGAAGGAAUUGGUAGAGGUUCAAUCUAAGUUCGUUCCCAACGCCCAAGGAAUUCGCGAGUUGUUGCCACAUCCAUCUCAGCCGCAAUAUACAAAUACAAACGCUUCGCUACAAUCCAACAUCAGCGAUGUUCCACAACAGCAACCAAAUUACUCUACAUGCCGUUCAAUAAAUAACACUGAUCAAUUCUACCUAGUAAUGAAUAUGAUGCCUCCAGAGUGGCAUCUGCCGCUUCAGAAUAUUUCUAAUAAUAAUUUGUUUACGAACACUCGGCAGCAACAGCAAUUUUAUCCAUUUUCCAAUCUAUCAACUUUAAAUUGGCAGCAACAAUCAAUCACCAAUACUUCGUCAACAACCGCUCAGUCUACUUACUCAUGCAAUCACACACCCGCUACAGUUUUACAUCAGGUAAGUUACGACGAAUCAACGCCUAAUCUAACCGGGAACAUUGAAAACACUACUCCGAUAGUACCUGAACAGCAACAUAAAGUUUUGUUUUUUUAACUAUAACAUAUAAGCAGACUAAGUGACAUUUUUUAGUAUUUUUGAAUAUAGCAUGGACAUCUGUGUAAAUUUUUCUAUUGUAAAUUCAACACGGACAAAGGAUAGCGUUAGUUAUACAUUGCAUUGUAUAGGCUUGCGGACAAUUGUGUCCGUUUUAACAUACAUAAACAAUUGUUCACAUUAACAUAGCUAAUUAUUGAUUUGUAUCAUAUUUCUAUACACAUUAACUUUUGAUGUAUAAUUAAUCGUGAACAAUAAAUCGUACGCCAGCGGUAAAUUUGUUAAUGGUAAAAAUAUAUUAGCAUGACCAAAUAGAUAAUGUAUUUAGUAAAAUAUUUGACGAAAAAUUUAUUGUAUUUAAUUAACUUAUUACGUGAUGUUUCGAAAUUAAAUAAAUCAUACAUCUUAAUUAAUUAGUG